CUGCGACCCAUCUUGUCCCUGAGUUACAGUGUGGAGGACCUGAGGGAGGCCGAAAACCAAAGCCCCUUUAAAAGCUUCAAGCAACUGUCUGUCUCUUCUUUCGCCGUCUGUUCCUCUAACACUGCUUUGUUGGAUCCUAAUCUCCUUCUAAAUCCCUCAAUCUUGAUGUAAUACUUGGAUUUUUAACCACUAAAUAUCUAUUCCUCUUCUUCCUCCAGAUUUAGAGGGACCAAUGGGGAAAAGGGUUAAGAAAAAGAGCCGCUCUUUGCAGAAGGAGAAGCGGAUUACUCCCCAUUCCCCUAAAAUUGCACCUCUACAAAGCAAUCCUGGAGAUAAUAUCAGUGAUGAAGGAGUUGCAGCAUUGAAAGAGAGAAAAUCAUGUGCCCACCUUGACAAGGGUUUUAAUUUGAAUAAUCUGUCUGAGAAAUUUGGGUCUUCAAAUCCUUUAAGGUGUGAGGACUGUAGGGAAGGUGUGGCUGAUAGGAGAGGAGCAAAAGGAAAGGGUAAACAUGGCAAGAAGAAAGGCUCAGCUGAUCCAAAAUCGGAGUCAAAAGCCAUUUGGGUUUGUUUAGAGUGUGGACAUUAUGCUUGUGGAGGGGUCGGCUUGCCAACAAGCCCGCAAAGUCAUGCACUUCGACAUAAUAGACAAACCCGUCAUCCCUUGGUAAUGCAAUGGGAAAACCCUCAUCUUCGUUGGUGCUUCCUGUGUAAUACCCUAAUUCCAGUCGAGACAAUGGAAGAAAGUGGUGAAAAAAAAGAUGCACUAUUGGAUGUUGUAAAAUUGAUGAAGACAAGAUCAUCAGAAAGGUCAUCAGUGGAUGUUGAGGAUGUUUGGUUUGGAGGUGGCAGUGUUGCUAGUGAAAUCAAAGCAGAAGGCACUGUAUCAAACAGCUUGGAGGGAAGAGGUGGUUACAUUGUAAGAGGUUUGGUUAAUCUUGGGAACACUUGCUUCUUUAAUUCGGUUAUGCAGAAUUUACUAUCUAUGGACAAGUUGAGGGAUUUCUUCUUUGAUCAAGAUGCAUCAUUUGGGCCUCUUACCAUUGCUUUGAAAAAGCUCUUUGCUGAAACAAAACCAGAGACGGGUUUAAAAAGUGUGAUCAAUCCAAGAUCUUUUUUUGGGUGUAUAUGUUCAAAAGCUCCUCAGUUUAGGGGAUACCAGCAGCAAGAUAGUCAUGAGUUGCUGCGCUGUUUACUUGAUGGUCUGUCUUCUGAAGAGUUGGGUGUGAGAAAACAGAUAAAUGCUUCAAAGGAAGAUGGAAUUUCUUUGAAACAUGGUUCUACAUUUGUAGAUGCUCUGUUUGGUGGCCGAAUUUCUAGUACUGUAUCAUGUAUUGAAUGCGGCCACUCCUCAACUGUCUAUGAGCCAUUUUUAGAUCUUUCCCUCCCAGUUCCAACCAAGAAACCUCCAACUAAAAGGGCCCAACUAGUUGCUAGACCAAAGAAAACAAAGCUGCCGCCAAAGCGAGGGGGGAAGAUUCGAGGAAAAGCUAACAAAGAUAUAGAUUCCGUGCCAGCACAAAGCAUUUCAAACCCCACAGCUAGCAAGGAGUCUCCAUGCCAAACACUGUCGAUGGUAGCUCAGGCAGAAAAAGCGGUGGCUUCUUCAGGUGAUGCUGCAGGAUCAAAUUCUGUUUGCUUAACUAGUAUGGAUGAUAAAGGUAGUUUGGUCUCACAGAAAAUCUCAACUGCUCCAGAUGCUGACAAUGACCAAGUUGUUGAGGCUAAAGUGGAGCAAACAGCAGCUUCAUUUGACAACUUCACAUGGAUGGAUUAUCUUGGACAAGAAACUAUAGCUGAUGACCCUUAUUUAACUUCACAAAAGAAUGAUGUUUCAACAAGUCAGUAUUCUAAGAAUAUGAUUCCAAAUGAUGGCUUAAUGGAGAGUAGUCAUGUAUUUUCUGUUGACGGGGAGCCAACUCCAAAACUGGACUCUUCUUCUGUGAAUCCUUGGGAAGAGGAGGUUCCAUUACAGGUUACAAGCUCUGAAGUGCUGUUGCUUCCAUGCAAAGAAGAGAGUUUUACUAAUGGGGAGAUAAUAAGAGGAGAAGCUGGGCCCUCCUCUUCUGUUGUGGGUGGACAGGAUGAAGCAGAUUUUGACGGCUUUGGUGAUUUAUUCAAUGAGCCCGAGGUUUCUUCAGGACCUGUUGCAGGGCCAUCCUUAGACAAUGAAACUGCAAGAACUGGUUUUACAGCAGGAAAUAGCAGUGACUCUGAUCCAGAUGAAGUUGAUAAUAGCGAUUCUCCCGUGUCUAUUGAGAGUUGUUUGGCUCAUUUUAUAAAGCCAGAGCUUCUUUCUAAUGACAAUGCUUGGGAAUGUGAGAACUGUUCAAAAACCCUGCCGCGCCGAAGGUUGGAAACCAAGAAGAAGCAAUCUAAAACUGCGUUAGAAACUAUGAUAAAUGGAGGUGAGACUCGAUUCCAUAGCCAUCUGCCAAAUUUAGACAAGGACAACUUACAUUCUACUGAAGUCAGAAACCUUCAAAAUGGAGAUAUGAAUACUGCUAACAUUCUCAACUUUACAGGUGAAAGCUUGAAUAAUGGAAAGAUUGUCUGUUCUAGUCAAAAUUGCAUAAAAGCUGAAACUAGUCAAACGGAUGAGCUAAAACUGAGUGUUUCUCAAAGUGAACAGAAGGGUGACAUGACUGUUGCUCAUGCAGAGCAAUCCCGUUCUUCUACUCUCUAUGAAUCAUGCAGUCAAGAAAGUAUCAGUUCUGCUGUUGAUUCUUCCACUGUUGAUGAGCCAAGUAGCACAGGGUAUACAACUGCUAAAGAUCAGCUGGAUGAUUCCCAAUUAUCUGGAAACUGUGAUGCAGAAGAAGAUGAAGACAAGGAGAGAACUUCCAAGAAAGUGAAAGUGAAGAGGGAUGCAACUAAAAGAGUCCUUGUCGAUAAAGCCCCACCUGUUUUGACUAUUCACCUAAAGAGGUUCAGCCAAGAUGCACGUGGUCGUUUAAGUAAAUUGAAUGGCCACGUCAAUUUCGGAGAGAUACUUGAUCUGAGGCCUUAUUUGGAUCCCAGGUGUGUGGACAGAGAGAAAUAUAUGUACCGUCUGGUUGGAGUAGUAGAGCAUUUGGGAACAAUGAUAGGAGGUCACUAUGUUGCUUAUGUAAGAGGAGGUGUGAGAAGCAAAGGCAAGGAAGAGAAUGAAAAUGGUGAUUCUGUAUGGUAUCAUGCCAGCGAUGCCUAUGUACGAGAGGUUUCCUUGGAAGAAGUUCUUCGCUGUGAGGCAUACAUCUUAUUCUAUGAGAAAAUCUGAUAUUUCAAUACUUUUCCAAUACAUAUGAUUCUUCUUUGAGAUAGUCUGGGGUCAACUAGCAACCCCAAAGAGGAGAGAGAAAGAGAGAGACAAGUUAAAAAAAAAAAAAAAAAAGAAAGAUGAGUGUACAUCAAUUAUCAUGUAUUUGAUACCCAUUUUUUGACGUGUAAUCAAUACGGAUAUGUAAAUUGUGAAAUUAUUUCAUGAGAAAAAUUCAUUCUUGCUCUUUUUUGCCC